AUGUCCACCGCGACUAGGAAGCCGCCCACCGCGGGACCCAACACCGCCGCUGCCACCUCGUCGUCGCCCUCGCCCUCUGCCGCACGCCAGGCACGUGGCUCUAUUUCUGGUGCUUCAUCGGCUGCUCAAAAUGCUGCUGCCGGCGCUGGUACGCCCGCAAGGAGAGGUUCCAUCAGGACAGGCACUCCUGUCUCUGCGCGCUCUGCCAUGCACCGCGGCUCGUCCUCCCUGAGCAUCCCCACAAGCGAAGCUGAAGAACUCGCACGCGCAGAGGCUGCUGCCAUCGUCGAGGACCUCAAGGCUAGACUGGAAAAGGCAGACGCUGCCGCAGAACAGUACAGAAAGCAGACCGAUGUCCUGCAGUCUAGACUCGACGAGGCCCUGAAGGAGCAGGCCAAGCUUGAGGAGCGCUGCCACGAGAGCGAGGAGCAGAUCGAGGCACUGCGCAACGAGAAGCGGGAAUCCGCCAGGCAAAUGCGGGAGAUGGAGACCAUCUACGAGGCCGAGAAGAGCAAGAUCCUCAAGGAGAAGGAGGACAUGGCCAACAAGGAGGAAGAGAUGCAGACCGUUAUCAACAGGCUGAAGGAUACUAUUAACCAGAGAAAUGUCGAGGACGACGGACGGUCAUCGAGACACUCCAACAAUGCCUCGCCAAGUGUGGACAAUGGCAGCUUCGCACCCCCUUCGUCAAUCACUCGCAGCGACUCCAGGAACAACUCCAAGUUCCUCCUCCAGAAGGACAAGCUCAUCGAGUCUCUCCGCCUUGAGCUUGCCGAGGCACAGAUUAAGCUGGUUGAGUCGGAGAACCAGGGCGGUGGUCGCUUGCACGAAGUUGAGCGACUCCUUAUGGAGGCUCGCAUGGCGAAUGCACGACUGAUGGAGGACAAUGAGUCGUACCAGCUGCUACUGCAAGAAAAGACUCUGACUGGCGACUUUGGCAAGGGUGACUUCAGCUAUAUGGGCGUCAGUGCCCACCAGGAUGCUCUCGAUGCACUUGAGGGCCGCCCUAGCUCUGGCGGAGACAAGGAUACCACCGCUGGCGGCACUCUUGCUGACGAGCUUGGUGAUGUUGCCGACGACUCAGCCAUGUCGCAUGCCGACGAUGGCGACCAUCAGCGUCGCCUCGAGGGCGAGCUGCGCGUGCUAAAGGACCAGAAUAAGGCUCUGACUCUCUACAUUAACAAGAUUAUCGAGCGUCUGCUUCAGCACCAAGAGUUUGAGCACAUUCUUGACCAAUCUACCGAUGCCAAGGCUGGAGGCGCAAAUGUAAACAAGGAGCUCCCGCCCGCACCGUCCGACAAGUCCGAUGCUAACGCAUCGUUCAUCCAGCGUGCAAAGUCCAUGGCCACAGGUUCCACCACGGCGCCACCAGUUCGCAAGCCCCGACCCAUGACCUUCAUGCCAUCUUCGAACAAUACUCUGCACAACAACCCCGAAACGGCCCCUAGCAUUCCGAUAGGUAUGUCCAGAGCUGCUUCGACAAGGCGUGCUGGACGUCCCAUGAGCGAGCAGUACCCCAGUGCAGCGGGCAUAGUGAACGCCAUGUACAAGGGACCCGACGGCCCAAUGGGCCCCAUUUCGCCCACGCUGUCCAACCCUCGCAACAGCGCCCAGUUCUUUAACGGCACGGGCUCGCCUCGCGUAGUUUCUUCCAGCAGCGGUGCACCAACGGCGGGUAACUUCCCCGGAAUGCGCAGCGAGACGAGCAGCGUGAGUGGUGACUCUGUCACUGAAGGUACCAGCGUGAGCCAGAGCCCGCCUAGGACCAUCAGCUCAGCAGGAGGCUACAGCCACACCGGUGAGAAGCAAGGCGCUACGUUCGCCGGUAACAAGCCGAGACCGUUGAGGCUGGUACAGGAAGAGUCGGAUAGAAAGGCGGCCGAGAACAAGCGCGCCAGCUGGUUUGGUGGCUGGCAGAACUGGUCCGGAGCUGGCAAGAAGCCCGAGGAGGUUGACGCCAUCAGGGAAUAA